UGGGUCUCUCUUCUCUGUCUUGUUGAGGUGCUCCUCCUUUUCUAGUUGGGCUGGAGGAGGGGACUAGUCAGACCCAGAGCGUAUUAUUCAAUUCCCUCUAAUCUAAAUGCAAAGUAUGGCUAUGAGUCAUGUCAGUUGAUUUAUGUUUAUGCGAAUCUUCCAGGGAAUACUUUGAUGGUUUGGAUUAUUGCAUAAAACAUUCACUCGCUCGGCUUGCUCUUUCCCUUUUCUUUUCUGGAGAAUUCCCGGGAGCACCUUCUUUCUCUGUCUAUAUCGGGGCUUGGAUCCAAAUGCACUUUAGUCGCCCGACGACUUUCUCGACGAGGCGAGCUCCGAAACCCAGCUGGAACCUAGGCCCAGCCCAGUCUACCCAAGAACUUGGUCAAGUGACUGCAAACGGGUUUUAGUCGCGUUUGGGACCUCGAAGGAGAAACACCAGAUCGGCGAUCGAAAGACUCAAGACACCCAACUCAAGAAGCCCAAGAAACCGGAGAACGAUGACUAAUUCGAUGGCUGUUUUAUUUUUUUUGGGGCUCUGCCUGAUCGGCCAACUGCAGGCAGCGGCUAUAGUCUGCGGAUCUGAAGCCAAGUCGGCAGCGGAGGAGGCGGAUGCCACCACCCCCAGUCCCAGCGAGGUCAACAAGUUCGUCCUCAGCGUGCAGUGCACCCUGGAGAAGGCCAAGCCUUGGAUAGCUAACAUCGAGAAGGAGGCGAAGCUGCUCGAGGAGAAGGCCCGCGACGUCACUCGCUCCCUCUUCCAGCGCUUCAACAUUCUGGUGAGUGUGCUUACCCAGGACAAGGACAAGAACAAGGACAAGGACAUGGACACGGACAAGCACAAGGACCAGGAGGAGGUUUCCAGCACCACAGAUAUAUCUCCAUCCCCCUCCACACCCAAGGAGAGUAGUCCCAAGGAGGAGCUCACCACCUCGGCGCCCCCCGUCCCCAUGGACUGGCUGGAGGAUCAGGCUAACGAAGUGGACUUUGUCCCGGAGACCACAAAGUAGCCUGUACUAUUAGCUCAUAGAAGUAGACACAAAUCCCUAACUUAAUUAAUAGAAGUAGUGGCUUAGAGCUCCUUGUAUCGCAGAGUUUGCGUCGAAAAUAAUUUAUUUACUUAAUAAACACCCCAAGAUACUGCA